AUGAAAUAACUAAAAAUUAAUAAUCAGUUUGUCACUUAAAAGAAGAUAUCACAAGGGUCAUUUGGAAUAGUAAUGUAAGGAAUAGAUUAGAAAAAUGGAAAUUAAGUGGCUAUAAAAAUAGAGAGGCCAGAAAAUGAACAUUUGAAUUCUUUAGACAAAGAAGUAGAAAUUUUAGAAAGAAUAUAAAAUAUUAAAGGAGUGCCAUAAUUAUAUUAUUAUGGUUGGGAAGAUGAUUACAAUGUUAUUGUCAUGGAAUUAUUAUAAAAAGAUUUAUCUUCGAUUCUUAAAUAAAGGAAAAAGUUUAGUUUAAAAUCUGUUUUCUAAUUAUCAAUAGAACUGGUUUAAAUAUUAGAGGAAAUACAUAAAUAAGGUGUAUUACAUAGAGACUUGAAACCAGAGAAUAUGAUGUUGGAUGAUAAAAAUACAGUAUAUUUGAUUGAUUAUGGGAUAAGUAAAAUAUAUAUUCGUAAAAAUGGGAUUUUAAAGUAUUAUCUUAAAUUAUGCAAAAAAGUCCUUUUAAAGAUAAAGUGCCUUUCCUAGGUACAUCAAGAUAUGCUUCAAUAGCAGCACAUAAAGGAUAUGAAUUAGGAAGAAAAGAUGAUUUAGAAUCAUUAUUUUAUGUGAUGUUAUAUUGUCUUAAAGGGUAUCCGCUUAUGAAUAUUAUUAGUUUAGUAAUUUACCAUGGCAAAAUUUAAAACAUAUUGCUGAUGAUUAAAGAACUAAUAAAAUAGGAGAAAUUAAGGAGAAUAUUGAACCUAAAGAAUUAUUUAAAGAUAUACCUAACGAAUUUAUUAAAAUAUAUGAGUAAUCAUAUUUUAUUAAUUAUUUUAAGUUAUUUAAGGAAACUUACGUAUGCAUCUGAACCAGACUAUAAGACUAUUAUUAAAUUGUUAUAAUAAGGAGCUAAGCAUGCAAAUAUUCUAUUAGAUAAUAAUUAUGAAUGGGAUACUUAAUUGAAUAAUUAUGAUAAAAAUAUUAAUAGAUAUGGGACUUUAUAACCUGAAGAAUUACCGAACAAAUAAUUUGAAAAAUUCUCAUCUAAUUUACUUAAUUGCAAUAAUUUAUUUGCUUAAACUCCUUCCAAAUUUAAAUAAUUAUAACCUCCAAUUAAUAAAUAAGAAUCUAAUUAAAAUAGUAGCAAUAAUGGUAGUGGUAAUUAAAACUAAAGUAAUUACAAUUCUGUUGGAAUUAUAUAUUAAAGAUCAAUAGAUGAAAUUAGUGAAGAACUAUAAGAACCAAUUCCAGAUGAAUUUAAAAGUCAAAAGAAUAUUUAAUUAUAGACAUUACCAGAUGUAUUAAAAAAACCAGGAAUAAUAUUUAAAAAUAUUUAAUUUGAUGAUGAUGAAUAAGUAAAAGAAGAUAACUUUUUAUAUGAUAAAUAUCGUAGUUUAAGUGCUUAAGUAACUACUAUUUUUUAAAAUCAUAAAAAAUGA